AUGGCCUCGACGGCCUUGGCGGCCUCCUCCAUUUUCUUGGCGGCGUGGAGCCUCAUCUCGGCCAUCUUGAUGCUGUCUUUGGUGCGUUCGAUCUCGGCCAUCGCUUUUACGACCUCGUAUCUAGAAGCUUCCGUCAUCCUCUUGAACUCCUCCGCCUCGAAGCUCGCAAACUCCUUGAGCUCGUACUUUUGUAUUUGCAUUUUGGUCCUCCCGAGCAAGAUCUUGUCUUCGCGAAGCUUGUGGUUGAGGGACUCGAGGGAAGCUUGGAUUGUGGCGAGAUCGGUGGAUGUGCGGUUGAGGUUUCGUUUGGCUUGGUUUAGUUCGAUGAAUGUGGGGGUUGGUGAGACUGCCGAAUACGGUUCGGUUGAGUUGUUGUCGGGAGUUGGGGCGGAGGAGGAAGAUAAUUCGGGAAUGAUGAGGUCGAGUUUUAAGCUGUCGAGCAAUUUUUUCGCGGAGUCGAGUUCUUUUAGGACAUUAUGGGUUUGCUGUUCUUUUAUGAUUAGGUCCCUUUCUAACAGCAUUGCUUCUUCCUCCAUUUUGGACAUGUCGAAUGGCUCGUUAUUAUCGUGCUGCCAUUACGUGAAAUAG